AAAAAAAAAAUACCAAUGUUUAGGGCAAGCAGGAUAAAUUUCUUACCAGCGUUUUCCAUGUCCGGAGCUUAUCUUUGAUUCCAACCCCAUAACUCUAAAAUACACACAAACGAUCAAAAAGCAAGUUUUGUGUUUCUCCUUUCACUCACCAACAUCAAAGACUCCAUCAUCCCCUUUUUUUCCUUUUUUUGUUGGUAAAUCUUCGAUCAGAUCCGAUUUUCUUCAUCGCCGAUCAUCAGUUUCUCUGUUUCCGGAUCCAUCUACUUUGUUUAUGAUUUAUCAAGUUAUGAAGGGUCAAGAAAGCGUAGGGACCUGUGUUAAUUUUGCAACGGGAUCAAGCAAUCUUUUUUAGCAGGAUGUGAUGUGUAUGGGGUGACAAUGCCUGAACUGCGAAGUGGAGCCAGGAGAUCGAGACGGCUUGAUGAUCUUCAGCCUUGUACACAACCACUUGAUCAAGGAGAGAAUUUGGCAGUGCCGGCCCCUAAUAGAACCAGAAGGAGGGUUGGUGGUGGAAGAGGAAGAGGUGGUAAUGCAGCCGUAGCGAAAGGUCCCUCGGUGGCAAUUCCUGCAAGGCCAACGGCUGCCCGGAGAGGACGCGGAAUCAGAUUGAUAGAUUUAGAUCCUGAACCUUGUGAGGUUCUUCCUGAAGCUGGUGCCCUUGGGGCAGCAGAGCCUGUUUUCAAUCGUGUUGAGGCUGUUGCAAAUAAAGAUAUGGCCAUAGAGGGUGGAAGUCCGGAUAAAGUAAUAGGAGUUGAAGAGGAAGCAGGCACAGCUCCUAUUCCUGACAGGGUACAAGUGGGCAAUUCUCCUGUAUAUAAGGUUGAAAAGAAACUUGGCAAGGGAGGUUUUGGCCAAGUCUUUGUUGGUAGAAGAGUCAGUGGUGGAACUGAUCAGACAGGUCCGGAUGCAAUUGAGGUUGCUCUGAAGCUUGAGCACCACAAUAGUAAAGGUUGCAGUUAUGGUCCUCCUUAUGAAUGGCAAGUGUAUAGUGCUCUAAAUGGAUGCUAUGGAAUUCCUUGGGUUCAUUACAAGGGUCGUCAAGGCGAUUUCUACAUUCUGGUCAUGGACAUGCUCGGGCCGAGCCUGUGGGAUGUCUGGAACACUCUUGGUCAAUCGAUGUCUCCAAGUAUGGUUGCUUGCAUUGCAGUGGAGGCAAUAUCAAUUCUUGAGAAGCUUCACAUGAAGGGGUUUGUGCAUGGAGAUGUGAAGCCCGAGAACUUCUUACUUGGUCAAGCGGGGACAGCAGAUGAGAAAAAACUGUAUCUUAUUGAUCUUGGUUUAGCUUCUAAAUGGAAAGAUGUAGCUAGUGGUCAACAUGUCGAAUAUGAUCAAAGGCCUGACAUAUUCAGGGGGACGAUAAGGUAUGCAAGUGUACAUGCACAUUUAGGUAGAACUGGAAGUCGGAGAGAUGAUCUUGAGUCAUUGGCUUACACGUUAAUAUUCCUUAUAAAAGGAAGAUUACCUUGGCAAGGAUAUCAGGGUGAUAACAAGAGUUUUCUUGUAUGUAAGAAAAAGAUGGUCACUUCUCCAGAGUUAAUGUGCUGCUUUUGCCCAGCACCAUUCAAGCAAUUUCUUGAAGCUGUAAUAAAUAUGAAGUUCGACGAGGAGCCAAAUUAUUCAAAACUAAUAUCCUUUUUUGAAGGCCUGAUUGAUCCAUGUAUACCACUCAGGCCAAUUCGAAUUGAUGGAGCAUUAAAGGUUGGGCAAAAGCGUGGUAGGCUGCUUAUAAAUCUGGAAGAAGAUGAGCAACCAAAGAAGAGAGUGAGGUUAGGUAGUCCUGCCACGCAAUGGAUUUCGGUUUAUAAUGCACGUAGGCCCAUGAAGCAAAGGUACCACUACAAUGUUGCAGACUCGAGAUUGCGCCAACAUAUAGAAAAGGGCAACGAAGACGGAUUGCUUAUAAGUUGUGUGGCCUCUGCAGCGAAUCUCUGGGCCCUAAUCAUGGAUGCUGGAACAGGUUUCUCUUCCCAGGUUUACGAGUUGUCGUCGGUUUUCCUUCACAAGGAUUGGAUUAUGGAACAAUGGGAAAAGAAUUUCUACAUUAGUUCAAUUGCUGGAGCAGCUAAUGGUAGUUCCCUGGUUGUUAUGUCAAAAGGAACACCUUAUACUCAGCAAUCCUAUAAAGUUAGUGAAUCUUUUCCUUUCAAGUGGAUAAAUAAGAAAUGGAAGGAAGGAUUCCACGUUACGUCCAUGACCACUGCUGGAAGUCGCUGGGGCGUGGUUAUGUCUAGGAAUGCUGGCUUUUCUGAUCAGGUUGUGGAGCUUGAUUUUUUAUACCCAAGCGAAGGUAUUCACCGCAGAUGGGAAAGUGGCUACAGAAUAACAUGCAUGGCAGCAACUGCAGAUCAGGCUGCCUUCAUUUUAAGCAUACCCAAACGCAAAUUGAUGGACGAAACUCAGGAGACUCUGCGAACGUCUGCAUUUCCCAGCACACAUGUGAAGGAGAAGUGGUCGAAGAAUCUCUAUAUUGCAUCGAUAUGUUACGGGCGAACAGUCUGCUAAUUAUGAUUGAUGGACAGUGUAAUUUGAUUGUAUAUUUUGGUAUGAUGUGCCCCAGCAGAAGGGGAUGCAAAAAGUGAAAAACAGAACAAACCUUUUUUUUUUUAGAAAUGUGGAAGCUGAGAGAGUUGAGAGUUGUUGAUGAUGAUGAUGAUGAUGAUAUGAUGAUCCAAGAAGGGAUUUGUUGGGAGAGAGGGAGAUAAGCAAUGCAAUGCCCCAUUCCAUUGGUUUAACUUGUUAUGGUGUGGUGCGCAAUGCAAGAACAGAGGAUGAUUGUUGGAAUGGCAUGAAAAACAGAGAGCUAUUCUUGUGCUCAUAAUGGGGCACCUUCCAUAAUGGCUUCUUAGUGAAACAAACAACAAAAAAAAGAGACAAGUUUUGUACAACUUGAUUGCAACCUCUCUAAUCUUUUACUUACCAUGUAAAGUCCUCCUCUAAACUUACAUUAAAAAUGGGCUUCUUUUCAUUCUUUUCAUUAUUUCAUUACCCAUUUUCACUUC